GUCCGGGCCCUGUCGGCGUCCCGUGCCUCGGAGAUUCCGUCGGGCGUGCGGUGGACGUUGCUGCAGGUGCUCGAAGCCGCCACGCAGAAGGCCGCACGGAAACUGGCAAAGCACGGUAGGUGGAUGAGCGACGGAGGCGACGCUCUCCGAGCCUGG